UUGCGCGCAGGGCGCAGGCGCAGCUCUCGGGCCAUGGAGGAGAAGCAGGAGGAGGGUUUGAAGCCGGGUCCCAGCCCGUCGGUGCUGUUCCUGCACCCGGACCUCGGCGUGGGCGGCGCCGAGCGGUUGGUGCUGGACGCGGCGCUGGCGCUGCAGGCUCGCGGGUGUAGCGUGAAGAUCUGGACAGCGCACUAUGAUCCACGCCACUGCUUCGCCGAGAGCCGCGAGCUGCCGGUGCACUGCGCCGGGGACUGGCUGCCGCGCAGCCUGGGCUGGGGCGGCCGCGGCGCCGCCGUCUGUGCCUACGUGCGCAUGGUCUUCCUGGCGCUCUACGUGCUGUUCCUCGCCGACGAGGAGUUCGACGUGGUCGUGUGCGACCAGGUAUCUGCCUGUAUACCAGUGCUCAGGCUGGCCAGACGGCGUAAGAAGAUUCUGUUUUACUGUCACUUUCCAGAUCUGCUUCUCACCAAGAGAGAUUCUUUUCUUAAACGGCUAUACAGGGCCCCAAUUGACUGGAUAGAAGAAUACACCACAGGCAUGGCAGACUGCAUCGUGGUCAACAGCAGGUUCACAGCUGCCAUUUUUAAGAAAACCUUCAAGUCUCUGUCUCACAUAGAUCCUGACAUCCUCUACCCAUCUCUGAAUGUCACCAGCUUUGACUCAGCUGUUCCUGAAAAGCUUGAUGACUUAGUCCCUGAGGGAAAAAAAUUCCUGUUCCUUUCCAUCAACAGAUAUGAAAGGAAGAAAAAUCUGACUUUGGCACUGGAAGCCCUAGUACAGCUGCGUGGAAGAUUGACAUCCCAAGAUUGGGAGAGAGUUCAUCUGAUCAUAGCAGGUGGUUAUGACGAGAGAGUCCUGGAGAAUGUGGAACACUAUCAGGAAUUGAAGAAAAUGGUCCAGCAGUAUGACCUUGACCAAUAUGUGACCUUCCUGCGGUCUUUCUCAGACAAACAGAAAAUCUCACUCCUGCAUGGCUGCACAUGUGUGCUUUACACACCGAGCAAUGAGCACUUUGGUAUUGUUCCUUUGGAGGCCAUGUACAUGCAGUGCCCUGUCAUUGCUGUUAAUUCGGGUGGGCCCUUGGAGUCCGUUGUCCACAGCAUCACAGGGUUUCUGUGUGAGCCUGACCCACUGCACUUCUCAGAAGCAAUAGAAAAGUUCAUCCGUGAACCUUCCUUAAAAGCCAGAAUGGGCUUGGCUGGAAGAGCCAGAGUGAAGGAAAAAUUUUCUUCUGAAGCAUUUACAGAACAGCUCUACUCAUAUGUCACCAAACUGCCAGAAUAACCAAAUUCUUUUUGAGGUCUUAAUGCUACAUUCAUUAAUGCCAUUUUUAUGAGUUGUAGACCAGUUUUAAAACCAAAAAAGAAACCUGGAACCUAGUGCAGAAGAGAUUUUUUAAAAAUAAACUUGAGUCUUGAAUCUGAGCCACCUUCCUGUAUGCCACAUGUCCCUGUCUACUUUAUCAGAAAAACAAUGUCUUUUAUGCUGUAAUCAUUCCGACGCUUACCAGUGUUAAGUUAUAAAUACGGUACAAUUCCACAUUCAGCAGAGUACUUUAAUUAUCUGGAUUAUUGUUGCUCUGUCUAAAUUUUGAAUGAAAUUUUUCCUUAAUUGGUUUUGAUAGUUUAGGUGCAUAAUUAUCAAAGUUGAUUAAUUUGACUUCAUAGCAUAAUGAGAUCAGGGUUAUUGUAGUUCCAGAAUUAAUCUGCCACAGUGUUCACUGUCUUCUGUUAGGAAAUUUUGUUAGUCAUACCUUUGCCUGGAUUCAUAGCAAGACUGCUCAAUUUUUUUUUUUUUUUUUAACAAAGAUGAUUUAUUCUUACUGAGACAUGACAAUAAGAGAUGUUUAUCAUAGAGACGAAAAAAUAUUAGAUUUUGGUUUCCAUGAUCAAUUUUUGUAUUUGGAACAUAGGUAUGACAGCCAGACCUGAAGUCAGAAAACUAAAUUAAAGUGGGUGUUGGGAUGAAGAGGAAAUAGUGUCACAUAUACGGUGUGCAUCUUGUUUAGGACAUGUUUCUUAUUGUCAUCAGUUGUCUCAGCUUUGUUAAUAUUUGCGUUGUAUUGACUGAGCUCCUAAGUAUAGGACACAAUGUUUUUUAUCUUUCAAGACCUGGCUUAGAUGCCAUUGCUGUGAAGCCUGCCCUGACCAUCCACCCACCUCCCAAACUGGAAGUGAUCUUUCCCUUCUGUAUACUCUAGCCCUUUCAAGGCACUGACCAAUCUUAGAGUUCAUUAUUUACCUGUUGGUUUAGUACAAAUAAUAAAGCAGUCUUCAACAUAA